AUGGUCAAACGAAAGGUUGCUGCGCUCGAAAAGAUCGACGCCGAUUUUGCGAGCCUGCAGUACAAGAUCCGUCGUGAUCCCAAAUCCUACAAAGAUGAAUUCCUGAAACAAUGGGAGCAGUACGAGUCCCAGCGCGACAUCUUCCUCACCUCCCCGACCACCGCCUCGGCCGACUCCAUCGAGGCCUUCCACAACAUGGUCGACCUCAUGGCGCACAUUGCCGACUGCUACCCAGACGUCAUGGGACGCUUCCCCGGCGACCUCGAGGCCAUCCUCACGCAGCACCACGCCAUCCUGCACCCCGAGCUGCGCGAGAAGAUUGUCGGCAGCCUGCUGCUCCUGCGUCGCAAGGACGUUGUCAACUCCGCCGCCGUUCUCCAGGCCCUCUUCCCCAUCCUCGUCGCCUCGCCCUCCAAGUCGCUGCGCGCGCUGCUCUUCAGCAAGAUCCUCAGUGACUUGCGCAACUCCAACGCCAAGUCGAUCAACCACCCGCUCAACCGUACCAUCCAGACCGUCCUUUACAACCUCGUCACCGCCGACCGCACCUCCCCGCGUGCCCUCUGGGCCGUCAAGAUCACCCGCGAGAUGUGGAAGCGUCAGAUCUGGACUGAGUCUAAGCCCGUAGAUGUUAUGAAGGAAGCCUGCCUUGCCGACUGCGAAAAGGUUGUCAUUGGCGCCGUUCGCUUCUUCCUUGGUGGCGACAAGGAGCGCGAGGAGCUCGAGGACGAGAGCAGCGACGACGAGGACGUCGACCUUGCCAAGGUCAAGCACCAAGUCAGCAUCAACAAGAAGACGCGAAAGCAGAAGAAAAAUUACUCCAAGGCUCUCGACAAGGUGAAGCGCCAGGAGCGCAAGAAGCAUGCCCCCCACCCCCUCAACUUUUCCGCUCUGCACCUGCUGCACGACGCGCAGGGCUUCGCUGAGCAGCUCUUCUCCAAGCACCUGCAAAACACCAAGGCCAAGCUGUCCCUCGACUCCAAGCUGCUCGUCCUGCAGCUCGUCACCCGCCUCGUCGGCCUGCACAAGCUCACCGUCGUCCCGCUGUACUCGUGGUUCAUCAAGUUCCUCACGCCGCGCCAGCAAAACGUCACCUCCUUCCUCGCCUCCCUCGCGCAGGGCACGCACAGCCUCGUGCCGCCCGACGCGCUCGAGCCGCUCGUGCAAAAGAUUGCCAACGAGUUCAUCUCGGAGGCGUCGGCCGCCGAGGUGUGCGCGGCCGGCCUCAACGCAAUCCGCGAGGUGUGCGCGCGGCAGCCGCUGGCCAUGACGGACACGCUGCUGCAGGACCUGGUGCAGUUCCGGCGCAGCAAGGACAAGGGCGUCAUGAUGGCCGCCAAGGGCCUGCUGUCGCUGUACCGCGAGGUCGGCGCCGAGCUGCUCCGCAAGCGCGACCGCGGCAAGGACGCCACCAUCGGCCUGCGCAGCGGCGUCCAGAAGCAGCACAGGUUCGGUGAGGAGGCCCCCGGCGGCAUCGAGGGCCUGGACCUGCUGGCCAACUGGAAGCACGAGCAGCGCAGGCGCCGCCUCGCCGAGCAGGGCCUCCCGUCGGAUGCCGAGUCCGGCGACGACGACGCGGACAAGGAGGCCGACGACGACGAGUGGGAGGUGGCCUCGGACGGCAGCAGCGAGUCCGGCGACUGGAUCGCCGUCAGCAGCGAGUCCGAAGCCGAGGACGACGCACCCAAGCAAAAGAAGCGCGCGCGCACCAGCAAGUCCGCCGCGGAGAACGGGGAGGACGGCGAAGCCGACGGCGACGACGAAAAGGACGAGGAGGCCGCCGCCGCCGAGCACGAGGACGAGAUCGCUCGCAUGAUGAAGCUCGCCACCACCACCGUUCUCACCCCCGCCGACCUCGCCAAGCUGCAGGAGCUGCGCACCGCCGCCUCCGUGCAGCGCGCGCUCGGCGGCCCCCGCGGCAGCAAGAACAACAGCAACAGCAACGGCGGGCACGAGGCGCGCCACCGCGACGAGGGCCUGACGGCGGAGCAGAUCGAGGCGCCGGCGAGGCUGCGCAAGCUGACCAAGGAGGAGCGCGUGGCGCUGGCGCGCGAGGGCAAGCCGGACCGCGAGGAGCACAAGAGCACGCAGGCGAUCCGCAAGGCCAAGCUGCAGGCGGCGGGCAAGUCGACGUCGAACCGCGAGAAGGCGCGCAAGAAGAAUUUCCUGAUGACGCUCGGCAAGGCGCGCAGCAAGCACAAGAGGAGCCUGGUGGAGACGAAGAAGGUCCUGCAGGGGCAUGUGCGGCGCAGCACGAGUGGCGGGAGGAGACGCAACGGUGCGUGA